AUGAAUACACUUAUCUGUGCUUUUGUCCUCUUCGCAUUUCUGGCCCCCAGCCAGGCGACUUUCGGGAAAUUGGCGUUGCUUGCAGGAGGUGGCAGUAGUGGCGCCAGUUACGGUCCUAGCUAUGGACCUGGCUAUGGUGGUGGUUACGGUGGCAGUUAUGGUGGCGGUUACGGUGGUUAUGGUGGCGGCUAUGGCGGUGGCUAUGGUAUCACACCCUACUCCAAUGGUGGUGAGAACAUUGUCAAAGUGAUUAAGGUAUCUGUGGUGCCCGGUGGCGGUUACAGCAGCGGCUAUGGUACUGGCUAUGGUGCCGGUUAUAAUGGUGGUUACGGUUAUGGUAGUGGCGGUUAUAGCGGUGGUUAUGCCAGCGGUGGUGUGGCUUAUCCUUCUGUAGCCACCUCGGCGGUUGUUACACCUGUAGUAACGGCUGUCUCAGCUCCAAUUGCAGCUCCACUCCCAGCUCCAAUGCCCUACGCUGCCACCUAUGGCAACGGUUACGGAUAUGGUGGUGGUGUUGGUCUCGGAUAUGGUGGUAUCAUCGGUGGCGGAAUUGGUGGAAUUAGCGGUGGAGGCAUCGGUAGUCUAGGAGCGUUAGGCGGCGGCGGUGGCUGGUGUUGA